UCCAAUAAUCGAUCAUAUAGAACUCUGUUGUUAGGAUGACUAUCAAUUACUAUAAAUCAACAAGAAUUUAAAUCCUUGGCCAUUGUGGUAUUGUCGUCAACUAAUAGAUAGUCUUCCUGAUCUUUCGAUUAAAAUGGGUGAUAGCACGCUAACUCUCGAAGACGAAACUCAGAAUGCUCACAGUAGAAGAUCAAGCACCGUAGGUGACGCUCCACAAGACCUUUCCGAGUUGAGCAUUGGUGAAUCGCAUUUGAGCGAAGCUACAAAAUCGAUUGGGUCUGCUGAUGCAUCAUCGCAUACGUCAACGAGAUCUACACCAGGUAAAAGUAACAAAUCACGAAGCAUCGUUUCGAGUACAUCUUCGAGUAAGGUCAAGACACCAACAACAACUUGGCACCGUUCGAGUAGGGAAAUCCUUUACGAGCCAGAUAAGAACGGUAUUCAGCAAUAUCCUUCUAUCGCCACGGAGAAUCCAUCGAAACCUGGAUCGCCGAAAAUUUCUAAAAAGGGAUCCGCCAAGACUAACUUUUUACCUUCUGGGACCAAUUUGACGGCACGUGAUGCGUUUGGCCCAAAACUUACGGCCCCAGGAUCACCGGAAAGUAGUCCAUCGUUACCGAACACGCCAUUACCUUCGGAUUUUGAUGAAACAGCGAAGGAAACUUUAUCGCAAAAGGGUUCAUUGGCUGAAAAUGAAAUCGAUUCCGACACGUUAUAUUUUCGCGAUGGUCGAAGACGAAUCGAUAUGGUGCUCGUUUAUCGAGAAGAAAACGAGGGUGUCCUGACAGAAUUGGAAACAAAAAGAAGAGAACAAAGGCGGGUGUUUCAACAAAAUCUUUUAACUGAGGGCUUGCAACUCGAAUUAGAACCGAAAGAAAAUUCAUUCGAUAGGAAAACGUUCUUUCUUAAACUUCAUAUACCAUGGAAAAUAAAAGUACAAUAUGCCGAAGUUAUGAAUUUGAAGUUACCCACCAAAAGAUUUAUCACUAUCUCUGUUAAAGCUUGGGGUACAGAUGGUACAAAAGGAAGGCCUAAAUUUUGGGAGAAAUGGUUAAAGUUGACCAGUUGGAUACAAAAACUUCAUCAUUGGGAUACCAAUCAUUAUCCCGAAGAACCCAGUUUUUACGACAGCGUUGAUUCUGGUGAUCGCGAGGAAAGAUUCGUUGUAAAAGAUCGAGGUACCGCGUAUACCCCAGCCCAAAGAUCAUUAAUAGUGAUGCAAAUAUUAUUGCGUGCAAGGUACGACGAAACGCAUGAGAAAGCUGGGAUUCGUAGACUUUUAGCAGACGGUACUUAUCUUGAUUGUUAUCCCUUGCACGAAGGCCCAUACGAUAAGCCAGGGGAUAAUGGAGAAAUUUUAGAUCGACAUUUACUUUAUUUGAUAUGGGCUAGUCCUAUGCAAUGGUUUAAAAAACAACCAUUGUGGUUGAUAAGACGAUACUUUGGUGAAAAAGUAGCGUUGUAUUUCGCUUGGCUCGGUUUUUACACGGAAUGUUUGGUUGCACCAGCUGUGGUUGGUCUUUUAUGUUUCAUAUACGGUCUAGGAAGUAUGGAAGGAGCUGAUAAUAUUCCUAGCAAAGAAAUAUGUGAUGAUAAAAUAGCUGGAAAUAUCACGUUGUGUCCGUUGUGCGAUAAAGCUUGUAGAUAUCAAAAACUUGGUAACUCUUGUUUAUUUUCUAAACUAACUUAUUUAUUCGAUAAUCCUGCGACUGUUUUCUUCGCCAUUUUUAUGUCCUUUUGGGCAACGACAUUCUUAGAAUUAUGGAAAAGACGUCAAGCCGUAAUAGUUUGGGAAUGGGAUCUUCAAAACGCGGAAGAAGAUGAGGAACCUAGGCCCGAAUUCGAAUCAUCGGUGAAAACAUUUCGCAUUAAUCCAGUUACCAGAGAGCGCGAACCAUAUUUACCAGCAUGGUCGAAAACCAUGCGAUUUUGUGCGACCGGUUCUCUCGUAUUUUUUAUGAUAUGUGUUGUUCUUGGUGCAGUCCUAGGUACAAUAAUAUAUCGAAUAUCUCUCGUUUCUGUAUUUUACGGCGGUGGUGGAACUUUUUUACAAAAACAUGCUAAGAUAUUUACUUCGAUGACAGCAGCCUUGAUCAAUUUAGUGAUAAUUAUGAUACUCACCCGUAUAUAUCAUAGAUUGGCUAUGUGGAUGGUUAACAUGGAAAAUCCGAGAACUCAAACCGAAUACGAAUCUAGUUUCACUUUCAAGAUAUUCCUCUUUGAAUUCGUUAAUUUUUAUUCUUCGUUAAUCUACAUCGCAUUCUUCAAGGGAAGAUUUUAUGUACAUCCCGGUGAUCAAAAUGCCAGAUCAUCUGAAUUCGUUCGUAUAAAAACUGAUGUAUGUGAUCCAGCUGGUUGUCUCUCUGAAGUGUGCAUUCAAUUAGCUAUCAUAAUGAUUGGCAAACAGUGUUUUAAUAAUUUCGUUGAGAUUCUAUCACCGAAAUUUUGGAAUUGGUGGCGCAAAAGAUCUCACGUUGCUGCUACGAAAGAUCAUGACAGACAAUAUACUUCUUGGGAAAGAGAUUAUCAAUUGCAGGAUCCUGGAAGACUAGCUCUUUUCGAUGAGUACUUAGAAAUGAUUCUUCAGUAUGGUUUCGUAACUCUCUUCGUAGCAGCUUUUCCAUUAGCACCAUUAUUCGCUUUAUUAAAUAAUAUCGCCGAAAUAAGAUUGGAUGCUUACAAGAUGGUGAAAGAAGCACGAAGACCUCUCGCAGAAAGAGUGGCAGAUAUCGGUGCUUGGCACGGUAUUCUUCGUGGUGUUACUUACGUUGCCGUAGUAUCAAACGCAUUUGUAAUCGCUUAUACCUCAGACUUCAUUCCACGAAGUGUCUACGCAUUUGUUUAUUCUCCAACGGACGAUUUGGUCGGUUACAUCGACAGCUCUCUCUCUGAAUUUAAUACUUCUGAUUAUCGUGACGACAUGAAGAGUGAUGCCGAUGAUAACCAUCCAGAAACAUGCCAAUAUAGGGGAUACAGAAAUGGACCUGAUCACGAAUCAGAUCCUUAUGGAUUGAGUCCACAAUAUUGGCAUGUCUUUGCAGCUCGAUUAGCUUUCGUAGUUGUUUUUGAACAUGUUGUUUUUGCAUUAACUGGGAUCAUGAGUUACGUUAUACCAGCUGUACCACGUGCCUUAGCAACUCAACUUCAACGAGAACGAUUGUUAGCUCAAGAAGCUAAAUAUGAAAAAGGAUUGAAAGGUAAAGAGGACGAAGAAGACAUACUUUCAGUAUUAAGAGAAACUGGAAGUAUAGGCAGACCUGGUGUUGGUGGUGCUGCUGCUGGUGGUCGAGGUAGUUGGGCAAGACGUUUCAGUAAAUUGAGCGAUGGUCUAGAUGCUCAUGUUGAAGUUGGUUCAAGGAUACACAGAUACAGUGACAGUUCAACCGUUUGGGAAGUCACUUAAAUAAUUAACUUUAAAAAAAUUCCUUUUUUUUUCUCUAAAAUAUCAUCGAUUUCGUUCACUCAAAAAUCUUAUUUAAAGAUUAUCAAUCGUGAUUAAUAUUACAUGAAUUUUUGUAUAUACUAUAUAUAGUAAUCGCACUUUUAAUAUAUCAAAGAAAAGACAAUAUAUUUUUUCUUAUCAGUAUUUCUAUUUUUUUCUCACAUCGACGCUUUUGUCAGCCUAUUAUUGCAUUUUUAUUUCUAUUGUAUAGCAUCUAUAAAUUAUAAAUGCUUCCGUCAUACUUUAUGAUGUUUUGUGCACGUAUAUAAUACUGACAGAUGUGAAUUUCGUAAGUUAAAAAAAAAAAAGAAAUAUAAAUAUACAAUCAAUUAAUCAAUCGAUAUAACUUCUUAAUGAAUUUUUGAAAAAUUAAUGUUUCUGUGAUGUCAAAUAAUGUAUGCAUGUAUAAAUAUAUUGUGUAUUACGUUUCUUAUUGAAGAAAUGUGUGUAAAAUAUUAGGGACCAAAUCUUAAUUGACCGAUGUUUAGUAUUGUUCGUAUAAUGUACACAUUUGUGAUCGAAUUUAUU